AAUAAGGUAAGUUAUUGUUGAGGACACCCUCAACACCUAGUGUCAAAAAGUCAUUUCGGCUUUUCCAGUUCAAAUGCAGCAUCUCCAAUCCACUAGAAACUGUAGUCAAAUUAACCCCUGAGGCAUUUGCUUUGUUAAAAUGGCUAAGCUUUGUAGAAUGGCUUUAGCUUUUGACUGAAGGUUGGAGAUUUCUUAGUCGAACGCUGCAUAUGAAUUGCUUUCCAGAGAGUGAGGGUGAUCUCUGCCACUUUAGCUGAGAGCUUGAGAGAGUCCCACGAUGCCUUUGAAGGCGAGGAUGUUCUCUACAAUUGUCUCUGUAAGAGCCCCAGCGCUUCUCUACAAAUGUAAGCCUCCUUUCCAUUCUCUUUUUGGGUCUGUCAGAACCCAGUAUCGCUCUUCUUUUGCUGUCUAUCAUUCUCACAUUGACGCCACUAAUUUUGAGGAAUUGGUAGACAUUCGUUAUAAAUCUGGUUGUCUUAGGUUAGAUGAAGCAUUGGGUUACUUCAAUUCCAUGAUUCAAAUGAAACCCAUCCCCUCCAUCAGGGCUUUUAAUGGUUUGUUUGGGGCACUCUCCAAGAUGAAGCAUUACUCCACUGUUGUUUCUAUGUGUAAGCAGCUGAUGAGUACUGCUCACUUCCAACCUGAUGUUUGUACAAUAAGUAUUAUCAUUAAUUGCUUGUGUCGUCUGAAUCGGGUGGACUUGGGUUUCUCUGCUUUAGGAAUUGCUCUUAAACAUGGUUUUCAACUUGGUGCUUAUUCUCUAAAUCCUUUGCUUCAUGGGCUUUGCAAGAAUAGCUGUCUUGCCGAAGCAGUGGAGCUGGUCCAGAAAAUGGAAGAUAAGGGAUACACAUGUGAUGUGGUCACUUAUGGUAUCGUAAUUAAUGGGUUAUGCAAAGCUGGGAAGACUACUAAUGCAAUCAAGAUACUUGAGCAGAUGUAUGGUAAUGGUAGGUUUAAGCCGAAUUCGGAUUGCUACAAUCCAAUCAUUGACAGCCUUUGUAAAGAAAGAAAUAUCAAGCAGGCCUUGACCCUAUUUGAAGAUAUGAUCAGCAGAAGUGUAGUACCAGAUGCCUACACUUAUAAUUCAUUAAUUCGUGGAUUAUGCAAUAUGGGUGAUUGGGAUAAAGUUCUCGCUCUGUUUGAAACAAUGAAGGAUCAAGGAAUUGCCCCCGAUGUUGUCACCUUCACCACCCUAAUAUACGGACUUUGCCAAUCAGGGAAGUGGGAAAAGGCCCAAAGAUUCCUGUCUUGCAUGGUUGAGAGUGGAAUUUCACCAGAUGUGUAUACCUACAAUGCCCUAAUCAGCAGUCAUUGCAAGUCUGGUCAAUGGGAAAAGGCUGUACAGUUAUUUAAAAGUAUGAUUGAAUGUGGAAUCUUGCCCAAUAUUGUUACAUUCAAUGCUGUGUUGGAUGCUUUAUGCAAGGGAGGAAAAACAACAGAGGCACUUAAUCUUGUGGAACAAAUGAUCCAUAGAGGUGUAAAACCUAAUCUUGUCACCUACAAUUCAUUACUUCAUGGAUUGUGCCUUUCUGGCCAAUGGAGAGGGGCAACAAGCUUGCUUAAUAGAAUGAAGGAUGAAGAAGUCCCACCAGAUGUUGUAACCUUUAACUCUGUAAUAGAUGCUCUUUGCAAGAAGAGAAGGACCAAGGACGCCCUCACUGUUUUACAGGAAAUGACUCAAAGAGAUCUAAAUCCUGACCGUAUCACUUACAGCUGUCUAAUUUAUGGCAUGUGCAAUACAUCACAAUGGGGUGAAGCGACAAGGUUGUUUGAUGAAAUGGUAGGUCUGGGCAUCUUGCCCAAUAUAGUAACUUUGACAGAACUGUUUGAUGCUCUCUCCAAAGAAGGGAUGACAGAAGAGGCUCGCAAAGCAUUUAAAGAAAGAUUUCAAUAUGGUAUGGAGGUUAGCAAGAUCUCAUUCAACAUGCUACUUCAUGAUUAUUGUUUGCGUGGAAAAAUUGACAAGGCAGAGAAGGUCUUUAGUUUUAUGGUGUUGAAGGGUCAUAUUCCUGAUAUGGCUUCCUAUACAACCUUGGUCAAUAGCUAUAUAAAAGCUAACAGAAUAUAUGAAGCUUUGAGGCUUGUUAAGGAAAUGAUCCAAAAGGGAUUGAUGCCUGAUCUGCAAACGCUGAAAACUUUGAGAAGUUCCAGUCCUAAAAGACAUGCUGCAUAUGCAGAGUGAAUCUCAAUGAGAUAAUUAAAAAGAAAUAGUGGAACAAAGGGGAAGGGUCAUUAUGCUACAGAUCUCUUGGUUCCAUCUUAAUGCAUGUCAAUUGAAAUUUAAUGCAAUAAGAGCUUUCAAAGCUUAAAAUGUAUGGAAUUGUCACCUAUCAAUUGCCAUCCAUUGUCAUAUCUCACCUCCAUUGCUUCUACACAUUGGACGACUCCUACGCCGGUCUCAAUCAAGAUUAAUACUACGCAGCAUGCAUGGGAUUCUACUUCUUUGUGAUGUGGUAUUGCCGUCCUUGCUUGGCACUCGACUGGUAGCCGCUGUGCUAGUGCAUCUUUUGAGUCUCCACGACUCUGUUAUGGUGGCAACUUCUCUCUCUCUCUCUUCUUUUGUGCUGGAAUCUGAUUGUCUUGCCCUUGUUUCAGCUUUUCUAAAACCCUUUACAUACGGUUGACUGGAAGACAACUUCCUUGGUUUCUAGAUUUCGUGUAUCUGCUCGCAAUUUAAAUCGUGUUAGCUGGCAGUGGACUAGCAGAAAAGUAAAUGCAGCGGCUGAUUUUGUAGCUGCUUUGGCUUCCCGUAGGGUGUGUCCUGGGGAUUGGUAUACCAAUCCUUCCCCUUCCCACAUGUGAAUUUUAAUAUCUGAUGUUGCUGCUCCCACUCUCUGAUGUGGCUAUGUUGUGAAGUUGGGGUAGUGCUAGUUUGUUGCUUACUUUUGUUUUUUUUUUCGAUGGUUUAUUGUUUUUUUUUAUUUUUUUAUUUGCCUGCUUUAGCUUUUUUCCUGUU